AUGUACAAGCUAGUAAUUCUUCUCGUUCUCGGGCUCGUCAUAAUCCCAUACGUGAGAGGUGAUUUGGACGAUUCAAGAACUGCUGCAAGUGGAAGUUCAACCGCUCCUUCUACAGCUCCAGCACAAACAUCUGCUAGUAUUGUCGAUUCUACUCAAGCAGCAACUAUAGCACCAACAACGACCCGACCUGCCCCUACAACAGCCGCUCCAACAACUCAACCGCCAAUGACAACAAUCGUCACUGUUACGACACAAAAACCUGUAACAGUGCCGCCCACCGUCUCGUCCGCCGAGCCAGUUCAAACAACAAUGACCACACCAAUCGAACCUACAGGGCAAUCUGGUGCAACUGUUUCUACUACUCCAAUUAAUACCGAUGCUACCAGUACAACUAGACUCACAACCACACCACCUGCACUUUUACCUAUAUUCAAAUGUGAUUUCAAUGGACCUUGCUUUGGCGCUGGUAUCUUUGAUGUUGUUACUGGACUACAAUUUUCGCCGCCAUCUCCUCUCACAGCAGAUUCAGAACCACCACGAGGACCCAUAUCGGAUGCACUUGCCACUACCAAUCCAACAGACAACAAUGAGAAAUGUGAACUACCUUUCCGACCACAGAUCAACAAUACCACUCAAACAUCUUGGGAUAUGUGGUUUUGCUACAACGAAGCAUGUCCCACUGCCAGUUCACCAAGCGCUGCUUGUGUAUUAGGUGAAUAUGGUCUCAUUACUCUUCCUCCAUCACGAAGCAACGUGACAGUCACCGAUUCGCUCACUCCAAAUGUACCACCAAAGCCGCGAGAUGCAUCUGGUGCUCAGUGUCUUCGAUUCUACUACUAUUUCACUGUUUACGAUGGAGAAGACUGGGGUCAACAGAUUCAACUAUGGACCAGACCGAGCAAUGGUGGCGAUCGAGUUGAAGUGGGAAUAUUGACAGUCAAUGACAUGAAGGAGAAUAAGUGGACCCGUGGUCAGGUUCCGUUGGAACGCACAUCGACGAACACUGUGUUGGAAAUCGACUUUAAGAUUGUGAACGACGAUCGACCAACAAACGCUGCCAAAAAUCGAUCAGUCAACUUUGCCAUGGAUGUAGUUGAAUUAUAUGACUACAACUGUUCAUAUGUGGAAGAAGUUCUGGAUGGAGUAAUUCGUCCUGUUGCAUCAACUCCUAAGCCUGACGAACCAGAUCUAGCACUGAUUCUCGGUCUUUCUUUGGGUCUUGGUAUUCCAGUUUUGUUGCUUGCCAUUGGCGGUACGGUUUUCUUUGUGAAAAAACAAAAAGGGAAAAGUAAAGAUCGUGACGAUAUAUCAAUGGAUUCUCAUCCAAAUGCGACAAAUUACAAUGACAAUUCAUCCGAUAAUCCUUUUUCAUUUUAA